UCAAAUGUCACAGUCAAUCAACAAGUUUACAAAAGUCAAAACAAAUCGACCAUACCUUUUUUACAUUUUUAAUUUUUAAAUAAAUUCUAAAUUUUUUAAAAUAUUUUCCUUAAAAGAAUUGUGAUUAUUGUGAUAAAAUGUCGUUAAAUCCCUUAAAUGUAUUGAAACGCAAGUUAGAAGAUGACACUGCCACAUUAGCGAAAAGACUAUGUCUUGCCAAGAAUGUGAUCAGCUCCCACCACUUCCCCACUGCACCAAAGGAGAGACUGAUAGCUGAGUGGCUUCAACAUCUAAUGAAGAUAAAUUGUCUCUCUGGUGAAGACUUAAGAAACAUUAUUGCUUGGUUGAAUAAUGCCGAUGACCUGACUGUUGAGUUUAAGAAGAAUUUAAUACAAAUUGUAUCACAGUACUUACAGAAAAAUUCUUUAAAAACAGAAGAUAUACAAAGCCUUGUAUCAUUUCUAGAAGACAAGAAAAUUUCUUCACAGCUCAACACAUUAAUUAAUGAAUAUUUACAUAUAAUUAUUACAUUAUUGCAAAACUUUAGAAGUAAUGAAACAAACAAAGUGCUGCAAGAGAAAGUGUUUAAUAAUUUAAUAAAAUAUUACAAGGAUUGUAAGAAAAAACUUGAGUUUAUUGACAAAUUUCUAGAUGGUGAAAAUUUAGAAACAAUUUUUAGUUAUUUGGACACAGAAAACCGUAAUAAUGUCAUUAGUGUAUGCGAAAAUAUUUUGUUUCCUGUUAAUAGAAAAUCAUUUUACAUCAGUUACUUGCAAACAUUGAUUAGAAAAGACAAUAUAGAUGAACUGAUUACUGAAAAAGGUGACAAUAUUCAAUCUGUAUUGAAAAUCAUGGAUGCUUUUUUUGCCUUCCCCAAUAGAAGGUCUAUUAAAGACCCCAAAUUCCUAAGAGAUUAUAUUGAUGUUUUUGUUAGCUGUUACUGCAAAGAAAGCCAGUUAGUAUUUGCUUUUUAUAUAAUGGCAACAAAUUAUUUAAAUAUGGACCAGAAUUAUCUUUUACCUGUUACAAAACUGACUCCUGUACAUUUCGAUGAAAAUAAUGAGAAAAUUAAGAGAAAUCUAUUUUUGAACAUGCUUGACAUAGUUUUAAAAAAUGAAGUUGAUAUAAACACAAGAUUGACUGAUACAUUUGGCGAGAAAAUAUCCAAAGUGGAAACGAAGAAGACUUCUCUACUUUUCCUACAAGCGGUCAUGAUGGGACAGUUGAAAUUGGAGGGGAAGCCUGAUAAAACAACAAUGCAGAUAUUAAAAACUGCCAUGAAACUGGAUCCUAUAUUAAUUGAGCAAAAAAUGAAUGAUAUUUUACCACCAUUAAUGGUAAUGAAAAAAAAUAAUACAAAUGUAAAAGAGUAUUACAUAGAAAUGUUGAAUUGCCUAUUAGAAAUUUUAUUUAAACUUAGCAGAGGAGUUUCAUUUCUGAAUCUGAUUCUACCAAAUGUUAAAAAUUGUUUAGAAGAUAGCAACACUGUUCAAUUUGAAUUAAAACAAAAAUUGAAAGAGUGUGAACAAAAUGAUGAGGAUUAUAAUAAAAUUAAAUGUAAAAUAAUCUCAGGUGAUGAUGUAUUUCCCCAAGAAUGUGUAGAAAUGUAUGGGAAAUUAACAUCUGAGUUAAUGUUUAGACAGAGUAAGGAAUUAUUGAUAUCACUACAAAAGGAUUUUGAAGUGCAUUGUUUAUUGAUGCUGGAAGAAGGUUUUGUCAGUCCCUCAAUAAUAACUCUAACUGAGGUUAUAGCGGCCAUUUUGUCAACUUACCUGCAAAACAACAAGAUGGCGGAUCACACAGUGCCAGAGAAUAUAGCACAAGAAUUUUGGAGUUCAUUCCAGAACUUUGAGGAAGAGUGCUUGAAGAAAUUUGGAGAAUGUAUACUAAAACUAAAUUAUAAUCCGCCACUAAUGACGUCUUACCUAAGACUCUGCCUAAGUUACUCACAACUGAAAUUAUUGAAUCUAAAAUAUAGCAACACUAAAAUAAAACUAUCAGAUAGCAGUACGUCAGAUGUUUUCGACUUGAGCGUCUUGGUGCCGUGUCUGAAUAAUGAACAAUGGACUACUCUCAUCUCUAGGAUAGAAGGUGAUCAAGAGACUAUACUUUUGGAUAAAUUAAUACUAACAAAAACAAUAGCGCUUCAAACUAUGUUUAAUGACUAUGAAAAAUAUAAUGAAGCAAUUACAUCUUCAAAAACGCAUCUAAUCAAGGAAUUAACUAAAAAUGAUCGUGUUGUAAAAAAAAGUUUGGCUAAAGUUAUAUCUUCUAAUUUAGAUAAAAACCAAUUGAAAAUGUUAUCAAAACAUUUAGUCAAAUUAUGUUUGAAUGAUACAGGAAACGACAUAUUUACAAACGAAUCGAUAGCAAAUAAUAAACAACUACUAGAUGCUAUGGUAGUGGAAACAUGUAAGAUUAUUGCAAAUAAUAUAGAAAAUGCUGAUCUAUUAGCGAAAUCGUUGAAGAAAUUAGACUUUAAUUUAGUAAAUUUUGCUAAAGAUCACAAUAUGACAGAAUAUUUCAAUCCAUUAACUUAUAACGGGGACAAUACGGUACUUAUAAACUGUGUUGAUGUUUUAAAACAACUUAAAAUUUACUAUUUGGAUGAAAAAUACCAAUUGUUAGCUAUUUAUAUGAUGUUAGUAUUGAAAAAAUGUGGCCAGAAGAAACUGAGACGCAACGUCGAUCAUGUUUUGCGAAGUAUUUUUGAAUUAAGUCCACAAACGCCAGAUUUAUACAAAAUAUUUCCAAUAGAAACUAUAUUUUCAUUUGAAGACAAAAUUGUAUUUGCGUUGUUAACACUUAAAAUCAAAACAUCAAACCAUUUCUUAAUAAUAAAAAGUAUUAUUGAAUCAGCUGUGAAAAGAGUUAGAACAGAGAGUGAUUUAGUCAAAAAUAUUGUUGAAUUAAUUCUGAAGAGACAUAAUCCAGAUAAUAUUAAAAGCAUAGAGUAUUUUGCUAAUCCAGCAUUCCAAAUGACCUGUAUAAUUCUACCGUUAAUAGUGAAACAGAAAAAAGCUAUAACGGCCAGUGCAUUUAGAUCUAUAUUAGCUGAUCUCCAAGAGAAAUUGCAUAAAUAUCUUCUAGAUUCGUUCAAGAAUAUAAAUUUCAAUGAAACUACCAACAUGUUUAAUGCAAGCACUGGCAACACUGACGAGAGUGUGGCAGUUUCUGAAAGCACUAUGGCAACACUAAAUGCUAUGGCUGCGUACUCUAUAACUUUGUCUAAAUAUAGCGAGACGACAGAUGCAAAGGAAAUAAUUAAUCUGGAUUGCCUUUGGUCGGGCUUAGAAUAUUUUGUACAAAAUGCUAUUAAUACAAUUCAAAAUCAAGAAUCAACGAUUCAACAUGUUGAAUCCUCGAUACAGCUUCUAAAUGUUGUUCUAAGAUAUAUAAAGAAACUCGAGUCCCAUUAUAUAUUUGAAACCAGAGACAAACUAUUUCUACAAAUUUGGCAGAGUGUCAAAUCUAGAUUGUUUAUGAUUUAUGGAAACAACAAGCAUAAAAAUAUCAAUAAUGGAUGCAUAGAAGAUAUUGGUGUUACACUUAAGUUUUUAUGCGAAGUGUCAAGUGUGGAAUGCUUUCUUAAUGAUUUUGUUGGAGAAUUAAAUAAAUUGACCAUUUUGGAGAAACUUCCACAAAAAGCUAAGGAGGCCGAAUUAAAUGAGCUACUAACGACAGGCGAGGUAUCGAAAUAUAUGUGGACGAAUUGUUUAAAAGCGAACAUAGUUGGCCCAAAAUGUGUUGCCAUGUCAAAAUUAAUGUUCAACGCGUGUAAAUCAGCAAAAUUGUGUAUAUGGCAACACUAUGAAACUGAACAAUAUUGUGUCAAUAUCAAAAGUAAGAAGAAAAAGUUUAUUAUUGAUGUACAAGAUGAAGACACGGAAGUUAAAAUAUUAAAAGUGGAGAAUUCUACGUGCGAAGUACUAAAGUUAUUCCUAGAUACACUUUCUGAAGCUAUUUUGGCAGCGAAGAAGAUAACACUGGACUACAAAUUCAUAGAUUCAGUAUUCGAGUUGCAACAUCUUAUACAGUUUGUGAUGGGUUGCAAAACCACAAAAAUAAAAUGUGAAGUGUCUUGGCAAGCAUUCUUUAAACUAUUCGAAGGAUCUGUAUCCAUUUUGAACAGUUUACUGGUUUCCAGAGAGGAAUUAUUAGAAGAUAGAUGGCCAUGUUUCAUGCAAUGCUACAGAGCGCUUGUACGCAGUCUAUGCGAGAAGUGCACGUCGAAAGAGGAUUUGGAAAGAAGUACAGAAGAGAAAUUGGCUGAAACUGCGCAUAGUAUAGAAAAAUUGACGCAAUCCAUCAGCAGGCGGAAAGUCCACGUGUCCCGGAUAGCCGCGUACACGGUCGCCGAUAUCUGUUCAACAAUAGAAAAUACCGUGCCGCCACGUCUGUUAAGGCAACAUCUAGAAAAUACUGUGUCAUUACUAAUACAAGUGUCCGACACUAAUUACUCUGUAGCGUUCCUGAGGCGGGCUCUGGCCGGACACGCCGGACAGAUGACCAUGACCAACCUUUAUACUAUGUACAAAAGAUAUAAUAAAUAUGUUGGCAAUGCUUAAUUGAUAUAUAUUA